CCCUGUUUGUUUCAUGCAGCGCCCACCAAUCAACAUCGGCGCCCGGCACAGCCUGCUUUGUGAUGGAAACUGAUGAAAACGUAGUACGUGAUCUGCGAUCUGCAGCUCGGGUCGGUCGUGGGGCUUACUACAAGAGCUGUUUCGCCGAAGUCCUGGAAAUGUAGAAACUGGCGAAAGGAGUGAUUAUUGAGGUCCGUACAACUAAAGUGCAAUGCUACAGCAAUGAAAGGGAGUGGAGACAAAAGGAGGGUAGAUCGGAGAUCAGCUGGCAGCCGAGCAUCAGAAACUGCUGUACAGAGUAGAACUCUGGGAUCUGACGACAGUGAUGACAACAGUAACACAGACGUGUUGGUGGGAAGACACAGGAAGUCAGGCCGGGUAGGACGAGCCCAGCAGGCUCACAACUCCAGAAACACCGAGCAGUCAGCAAGAGGAAAACCGUCUCGUGUUCUCCACCCAGACCCUGUUGCAGCAGUGGUGGAGGCUUGUGCAGAGGCACACGCUACCUCUGACACCCUGUCCGACGAUGAAUUCAAGCGUUACGAUGCCGGUUUUGAGUCUGACGACGUUUUUGAAAAUGAGGGCAUGUUAGGAACCUCCCAAAAGGAGGAACCAACGCUAUCCAUGUCUUCACUAGGCUCCACGGGGCAGAAGAGUCCCUCCAGGAAAAGAGACAGUCACAUGCGGCCAGCGAUGAUCCGUCCUGAUGGAAAGCGGAGCUCUUCCGUCUCUCCGAGCAGCCCACAACUGAAAUACAAGAAGGGUGACGUAGUGUCUACUCCGAAUGGUAUCCGCAAAAAAUUCAACGGCAAGCAGUGGCGUAGACUGUGUUCCAAGGACGGCUGCACCAAGGAGUCACAGCGGCGGGGAUACUGCUCUCGACACCUGUCCCUGCGUGGGAAGGGUUUACAGUCCAAGGGAAGUUUGGGAGGUGCAGAGAAGGGAAUGUUGCCGCCUGCUGAGGCACGGUUACAGGUUGAUACUGAAGACUCGCUCCAGUCUGGUCGUGAUCGCUAUGCUGCACUGGACAGAAAGCAUUCGGACAUGGACGAGACUGAGGCAGCAAACAUGCUCGUCUCUCUCAGCAAUUCCCGUUCGGCCACCCCCUGUUUCUCCCCCCACCCCGGGACACCGCUGCCAAUCUCUCCCGGCUCCCACUCCUUGUCCCCCAUGAUGGGUUUCCAUCCGGUCAACUUUUCCCCAGUGAACGUGCAGCCAGCACCUCUGGGUCAGCCUGAGCUGGUGUCACCCACCUUCAAGCAGUGGGGUCCCAGCUUUGCCAGAAGCACGUCAAAGUCAGUCCCGCCUGUGCUAGAAACAACCACCCCACAUUUAAAAAGCAGUCCUCCUCAGAGACGUCAAGAUGUAGGUGUGAUGGUGUCGCCCAGUAAAGUGAAGGCUGAUGCCAUCAUUAGCCCUCCUGCCCGUUAUCAAGACAUGACAGUUACACAGAAGACUACCUUGCCCGAAACCAUCUCAGAUCACAGAAACAGCUCAACGUUGAACUCGCCCAGUGUUCCAGGGAGGGACUCAGGCAUGGUGUUCAGACAUAUCCCAUUUGAGCACCACCAGCCUGUAGUGAGACCUCCCCACAAAGAAACAGUGCAAUCAGUUAUUCCUACACACCACAGAAGACACCACCGAUCGGCUGAGGAACUUGGUCGGAACCCCCGCCAAACCUCCUCAGACCAUAUCCAACAGACUGAACGCCAGGCACCUGUGAAAGUUAAUAUUACAGUAGCUCCAGAGAAUCCGAGUAGAAGCUGCCCACCUAGGGUAACUGCCCCGAGCCUUCCUGCCUUGAGCAGUAAGAACUAUUCGGCUUGUCCAAAUCAGCCCUUGUCCACCCAGUCCACUCAGACGACACAAACACAGUCCAGACAAGAACCCACGACUCACCCACCCCCGCUAGCACUCCUUCUGCCCGUCAUGAACCCGUCUCAGCCUACCCCAGCAGAAACAAGACCACAGAAAAGUGCAUCACCUCCAGUUCUCAAGCUCAGUCAAGUGUAUAGUAAAGCUGAGCCAGUGGCUGUACUAGUGUAUCCUUGGCACUGCCUACUGCCAAUACUUCAACCUUGGAACUCAUCAAGAGAAGAGCAGCCACCAGCAGCAUUUACAACAACACAACCUGCACCUGACCAAGAAGAGAAAACAACAGAUGAAGACAACAGUGAACUGUCAAUGUGUCACCCCCGAAGGAGAAUGUCUGUAGGGGCAGGAAGUGACCUAGAGCUUGAUGUUGGGAUCAUCACAGAAAGAAAGCCACCAUCUGCAAAACGACGAACACAGUCCUUGAGUGCUCUGCCCAAAGACUCAGACUGUAAGGAAGGAAGGGGAUCAAGAAAGAAGGACAAAGACCACAUCCGUCGGCCAAUGAAUGCCUUCAUGAUCUUCAGCAAGCGCCAUCGGGCACUUGUGCACCAGCGCCAUCCCAACCAGGAUAACCGCACAGUCAGCAAGAUUCUGGGAGAGUGGUGGUAUGCGCUCGGACCUCGAGAGAAACAGAAAUACCAUGACCUUGCCUUUCAGGUAAAGGAGGCUCACUUCAAAGCACAUCCUGACUGGAAAUGGUGCAACAAGGAGAGGAAGAAGUCCAGCAGCAGUACAGGCAGCGGAGGGCGUCGCCAGGAGCAGGAGAGAAAACUGUCGGAUGACUUGCCUUCAUCACCAUCAACAACUCAAGCACAAACAUCUAGUGGAGAAACAGUAAAGACAGAAGCUGCUGUCCAGGUCACAGCUGUUCCUGCCUCUGCUGCCAAGUCCGAGGACCUACAGGCUGCACAGCAGAGCUCAAAGGACCACCCCGGCAUAAACUAUGCUGGUAAAGGCGUGGUCAUGUCUCAGGGGCCAUUCUCAGGUCGCGGCCGGUCCAGACUGGAGAGUGAGGACACCAUCAGCGAUGACGAGCAGAUGAUGAUCUGUGAGGAGGGAGAUGACGACGUUUUAGUUGACCCUCCAGGCCAGGAUCCUGACAUCGACCUAAAGUGUAAGGAGAUGGUGACAGAGAGCGACAGCGGGAGCCAGUCCGAGGAUGAGGUCAUGAUCGAGAACAAGAUCUUCCCCCAGCAGCGCUUCUCCCCCGCCAUGAAGCCUGCCCUUCCUGCUGACAUCACCUUCCGUCCCAAACCUAUCAAACUCAGACCGGAACCACAACAGGACACAACAUACAAGUCAGCAGAAUGGCAAGCAAUACGGAAACACAAGGGAGAAACAGUAAAGACAGAAGCUGCUGUCCAGGUCACAGCUGUUCCUGCCUCUGCUGCCAAGUCCGAGGACCUACAGGCUGCACAGCAGAGCUCAAAGGACCACCCCGGCAUAAACUAUGCUGGUAAAGGCUUGGUCAUGUCUCAGGGGCCAUUCUCAGGUCGCGGCCGGUCCAGACUGGAGAGUGAGGACACCAUCAGCGAUGACGAGCAGAUGAUGAUCUGUGAGGAGGGAGAUGACGACGUUUUAGUUGACCCUCCAGGCCAGGAUCCUGACAUUGACCUAAAGUGUAAGGAGAUGGUGACAGAGAGCGACAGCGGGAGCCAGUCCGAGGAUGAGGUCAUGAUCGAGAACAAGAUCUUCCCCCAGCAGCGCUUCUCCCCCGCCAUGAAGCCUGCCCUUCCUGCUGACAUCACCUUCCGUCCCAAACCUAUCAAACUCAGACCGGAACCACAACAGGACACAAACAUACAAGUCAGCAGAAUGGCAAGCAAUACGGAAACACAAGGGCCCAUUUCUGUCUCCCAGAUACCGUUCUCUCGACCGAUCAUCAGCAGCAGUAGUUUCCAACCAAAAGGUGCAGUAUUCAAGGUUCACUCCCCUAAAGGACACUUGGGAGGCACUGUGAUGAGUAGGCAAACUGUUGUUUCCUCUACCCUUUCUUCAGAUCUUAGAACUACCAGAAGAGAUGCUGGGUCAUCUGGUCCAGUUGGAAGCAGAACUGAAGCCUCACAUGGUGGAAUGUUUGUUGAACAAAGCAGUGUUCGUUUCUCUCUGCCAAAGGCAACAUAUACAAGUAGUGUGCCCUUUCAAACUGAGCCGGGCAGAACACAGCCCGCUGAUGCUUUUGUAAAGUCAAGUCCACAGACAGGAAAUUUUGCCCCCCUGUCCAGUCUGAAAGGGGUAUGUAGUUCCAGGACUGCCCCCAGCACUGGGAAGGAGAAGGCAGGCAGAAGUGUUGAGUACUGUAGAACCUCUUCAGCUGGACUGUCAAACAGGAGUUCUGAUACCCACCUGCUCCUCCCAGACCCCACAACAACAGCCAAGUCAGCUGUCAUGGACAACAACAGACAAGUUUCAUUUGCAGGGACCGGUGUCUUUUCCAAAUUCUCUGUCAUAAGAACAUCCACUGAAGUGCAGCAGACACAGACACCAGUGAAAAUCAGUACAAGCAUAGUAGAAAACAGAGCACAAAGUAAUAACAAUAAACAGCAAGGGAUUCCUUCUGUAGGGCAGAUUCCUGUAGUAGCUCCACCAACUCUGGUCAUGCCACAGCUGCAAGAAACACAAAUGAUGUCCUCAACCUACACAAGUCAAAUGAAACAUCCACCUCCGAAUGCUUCCACCCAAGUUCAAAUAGCAACUGAUGCUGGAAAUGUUUCAACAGCACCUUACCAACAGACAUUAGCUACAUCAGCGCCAGAGGUCUCCAGGGUGCCCAGUACCAUCACCAAAGUUCAGUAUGUGUUGCCGACACUUGCUGCAUCCUAUGGUACCUCUCCCUAUGCGUGCACCAUACAGCUGAACGUUCCCACCACCCAACAGAAGACAAUGGUGAUGGGACAGCCAGGUGUGACAGCCAUUCCGAGAAGCAAGGCUCCACAGCAGAAAGCAACAGACAAGCCACCAGACAACAAACUGCCCGUGAGGCCGGCUGGUCAGAUGUUGACCUGUCGACCACCGGGGACUUCGCCGGCUGCCGACCCCAACAUGAACAUGCAGUGGAUGCCUCUGGGGAGCCACCCCCUCCCCAACGCUCCGAUGCUGAAUCUGCGAGGUCCCAGCCUCACACCGGUCCUGCCCAGCAUCAACCUGCAGCUGGUGUCCCAGGCAGGGCCCGGGGCGGUGAGUAAGGGAGGGAAGGCGGUGCGCAUCACCACUCAGCCCAGUCUGACGCCGGCUGGCAGCACCCUCCCCAUGGUGGCAAAUGUGACGGCUCUUAUCCCCUGUUCCACCCCCUCAACUCAGCUGGCAGCUACACAGGUUGCCCCCGUGUGGCAGUUUGCAGCCGCGUCCCAGGGUGUACACGUGGCCAGUCUGCUGAUGCCUCCUGUCAACGUGAAGAAAACUCCAGGAAUCAACACUACGGUCGUCCCGCAGGACGUGCCCCUCCCAAACAUACCUUUGGCAUUGUCGUCAGGGGUUCCAAGUUUGCCUAGUCAGACUCCACCAGGCAGUACAGUCACAGUCGGGGGGGCUGCAGUCAACUUGGCAGCUCCGUCAAGAAACGACACAGUAGCUGCAAAAAGUGCUGCGGCAGGCCUGGUACAGCUGCUGUCUGGACAGCCAGCCAGUGGAGCGGCAUUUCCUAACCAGUUUGGCACCACUGGGCCUGGCUACAGUAGAAUGCAAGGCAGUAACCACACGGCAGACCUUCCAAAACAGAAUAGUAAAAGCAGCGCAGCAACAACAGCAGCAGCUUCAACUACAGCCCAAAGUGUGGCCACUGUCAAAGACGCCUCCCACAGUGUACCUGUAAUACCAGGGGUCGUCUGUACGUCUGCAUCAGAGGUGGUUGAGAAUCUCCCCACCGUGACUAACAGUGGUCAACCUUCCAGCCUCACUGUGAGCCAGGCCUCCAGUAGGGUCCAGACAAACCCAGCUGCUACGGAUACAGCCACUGUUAGCCACCACCCUGAAAGACCACACAUCAAGGAGUCUUUAACAGCAGGUCAAGAGCACAAGGCCCAGCUGCCGGAGACCUCACAGACAGACACAAGCGGCCUGAAGAUUCUGUCGGAAGUUGAUUUUGAGGCGCGGCUGGCGGAGCUGCCGGAGUUCCAGCCCAGCGGCACAGGGAUCAGCAGGCUGACCACCACACCCAGGGAGCUGCUCAGCUGCUACCGACGCAAGCGGAAAGGAUCCAGCAGCAUGAUGUCCAAGGAUGGGGAGGGAACACCUGAGGAGCCAGACUCGCCGAAGAAGUCCCGCCCCAGACGGAAGUCCAGCACCAGCUCUGAGCCCAGUGUAGGGGAGGAGCUGGCUAACAUGGAGAUGAUGGCAGAAGCUGCUGUAGCUGUGCAAAGGCGAGGCUCGCAGAGCUCAGAUGGUGAUGUGUUCAGCGACGUGGAGGGAGACCGUACGUCCUACUCCUCCUUACGUCGUACUCUGGACCAGCGAAGAAACCUCGUGAUGCAGCUGUUCCAAGAGCAGGGACUCUUCCCAUCAGCCCAGGCUACUACAGCAUUCCAAGCAAGAUACCAUGACAUAUUUCCCAGUAAACUCUGUCUGCAACUAAAGAUUAGGGAGGUUCGUCAGAAGCUGAUGCAGCAGCAGGCCCACGGCUCAGAGGGAGGGGGGGAGGAGGAUUCGGUGUUCCACACUGAGGACAAACUACAGGUCCCCCUUGACGGGACAGAGAAAAACGACAACAGUCCUGCUGCAAUUGUGGCUAGCACCAUGUAAACUCCUCUCCUGCUGGGGUAAAGCAAUGAGUCGAAUGACAUACUUUUUGAAGAGAUAAUGUCUACUAACUUGUUUCUGCCAGGUCACGUAUAUACGCAACGUACAAAAAAUGCAUCUAAAGAGAUUUCCAAUCCAACAUCGCCCAGCAUGUAUCUUAUCUGUGUAUAGCUGGAGGGUGCUGCACUAGAGGUCUCUCAAACAUUCAGUUUUUCAAAGGGGGGGGGAUAUGUGUAGAAUAGAAAUUCAGUUAUCUAAAAUGUUGAUUCCUAUGUUGGAUCAUGGAAAUAAUCCAAACACAAGCAGUUUAAGUUGUUUUUAUGGAUGACAUAUUCAGUGUGAAUACUGAGAUGAAUGAAA